GCCUGUUUGUUGUUUCUCAGAUGCAAGUGCAGGUGAUGGCGGAUUUGUGGUCAGCGUGGCGCACGAGCCACGAGCCCCAAAAGAGGCGCCAUGAAGAGGACGUCAAGAGCCGUGCUCGCGGCCGCCAACACCCGUCUGCGGUGGAGGCGCACGAGGACAAGAUGCGAAGACACAGCUCACAUCCGCUGCUGCAGCCAAGACCGGCCACGGCCCAGCCAAGAAGACAGCAGUUCCACGAGGCCUUCCUAUCACGGGCAACAGAGGGGCUUGCCGACGAGAAUGGGGGCGGAGUCAUGCUGCUGCACCAGCUUGGAGACAGUCGCCGCGCCGUCCACUCAGACGACCCAGGCGGGAAGACAACAGAAGAUGCUGAGACGGCCAAGUGGCGGCAGCGGGAUCUCAAGAACCUCGGGGCGGAUAAGAGGCCGUGGACAUCUCUGGGCAAGGGAGCGGCCCAUCGGAUUGGGAUGGACCGUGCCAUCACGUCUCGAGCCACCUACAGACAGACGUGCAUGGCCAAUCUGACGGAAGAAGGAAUGCGCGAGGAGCUGCAGAGGUGGGAGGCCGAGAAGACGAGGCUUCUGCAGGACCUCGAUGCCGCCCGGGUGCUGGCCAAGCAGUGGGAGCGGCAGGCAGACGACCUCAAGCGAACCCUGACUGAGAAAGACGAGGAGAUCUCGCAGUGGCGAGCCCAUGUAACGGUGCUGAAGCGGCGUGUGCAGGGCCUAUCUGACCGGCGGCUCGAGACAGAGAAAUCGCUGCAUGAGGUGGCGGUCCUCAAGCCUCUAUUCAAUGAGGUAUCGAAGAAGGAAGAGACAUAUGAGCUAGCUGAGCGCUGGUGCAUGUCUCUCUGUCUGUCUGUGUGUGGGCUCGGCUCUUGUAUGUAAGCUGGCAACGGAGCUGAAGCUGCAAACACCUCAAGAAGUCAUGAGUCGCAUCGACGAAUUGGAACGAAACCAAUUCAACAUGCUCCAGCAAAUACACAGGUUGGUCCGUUACAGACCGGGAUGUAAGUUGCUUAUUGUCUGGUUAUGUUGCACCCUUUCGUUCCCCUCUCACCUUACCCCUUCAGCAUGGAUGAGGAGAAGGAGCAGGUAGAGGCGGCGCGUCAGGCCCUGCAGAAGCAGCACCGCAAGGCCACCGGCUACAUGCAAGACAGACUCGUGGCGUCAUACGAGGUCAUUGAGAAGCAGCGGCAAGAGCUCGAGAGUGCCGAGGAGCGCGAGAGCGCCAAGUCUCUAAGGCAUAAGGAUCUACUGGAGCAGUAUCUGAAGCUGAGUGACUAUUGCUGGUGGAUGCUCUCUUUCUGGGCCAAGAAGGCGCAGUGGGGGCGAAUCAAGAAGGAACCCUCCAUCAUACUGCAGGACCUCAAGUCGAAUCUCAUCUACAAGUAAUUAAUGAGACAUAGAGAAAUCUGUGUAUUCUGGCAGCCGCAUGGAUGCACGAAUCCAUGGGUGUUUGCGGAUUGUGUCCCUUCUCGAUAGGCACGGCUCCAUUGCGGCGGCCUUCACAGCUUACAACAUCCCCGUGAUCGAAUCGCUUCACAAGGAUGACUUCGCGACGCAGCUGCAGAAGUUCAAAAUCGGUGCCGCGGACGCCGGCAAGAUUUUUGAUUACUUGCCGGACAAACGGAAGGUGGACGAGACCUACUUCGCGCCCGUGGGUCCGAUGACUGCCAGGCCAAUAUUCACACGCACAGCAGCACCCGCGCCUGUAGAGGCAGCCCAGGCCACAGAAGGGCCAGGAGGAAAGGCCUCUCCCCCCAGCCCCCUCUCUUCGGCACGCCCCUCGUCUCAGAACAGUGCCAGGCCCAUCUCGCCCUCCCAGCCGCAUGCUCAUGCCGGCAGCAAGCCUGCCUUGCCCCACUACCACCCGAGAGAGAAGAUCUUGGUGAUAGCGAUGAAGGACUUCCAGCGGCACUUGGAGGAGCUGUCUUUGCCUCGACCGCUGGAGGGCAUCACAGCUGAUGUGCUGCUGGAGAAGCCCCUGGACAUUGCUGUGAGGGACUUCAGGCCCAACGCUUACGAUCCCCUGGCAGCACUGCAGGCAGUCCAUCAGCUGCUGACGGUGUCGGAGAGGUCACAGAACACACAGCAGCUGCAGGGUCGGUCAGGAAGGCAGACAGAGACAGACGCCAAAUGGCCGGCCACUUUGCACGUGUCUGUCUGUCUGUUAUAUUUAUGGGCAUGUAUGUAUUCAGAGGUGAUAGUGUACGCCAAUUCUUUGUAUCGCCACUUCUUCCCCAAUGCCGACCUAGACAAACGCUUCAAGCCCACUGAGAUCCUCAAGACGGUGGGAGAAGUGCUGAAGCGCAAGGAAAUGCAGAUCACUGCGGACCACAACAAGACCAGGGAUGCCCAAGUCAAGACACACGAAGCCAACAAGGAGCUUGACAAGCUGCGGGGGGAGAACAGACAGCUCAAACAACAGGUGAAAAUCUCGUGUCGUGUCUCUCCAGGAGUCGAUCGAUCGAUCGCAUACAUGUCUCUCUGUCUGUGCGUCGUGCGUCUCUCUCUCUCUUCUGUGUGUGUGUGUGUGUGUGUGUGGUGUCUCUGUGUGUGUGUGUGCAGAUUGACAAGUUGCAGCGUCAGCUGACGUCGCUGUUGGGCAAACAGCUGAGGGUGCAAAGGCAGAUGGCAGAGUCACACUGACUGGUGUGCGUGAGACCUGGUUACCCAUCGAUGAGUGCUGUUCGUCUGUCCCUCUGCCGUACGUGUCUGUUGCCUUUCCUUUGGCUUGACUGACUGGGCAGCUUGCUUGACUCACCUAGGUGCAUUCAUUCAUUGCUGCCUGGGCUCCGAUCGCAGCAAGGCAGGGAGGGAG